AUGCAGAAUGUUGGACAGUCUGAAAACGGAAAUAUCGAUAAGGUGAAUGUGCAACUUGAUGUGGUAAAAUCAUCCACUCCUCAGAGUUCGGCUUCGAGUCCGGCCAAAUCUGAAACCGAAACGUAUUCAGGAGUGCCUGCCAAAUACAUGACGGAUUCUUCGGAAAGCGAGGAUGAUUCUGUAUCCGAGCAGGAGAUGGAAGAAGAAGGUAGUGCAGCAGAGUCAUCUAAGUUCCUACUCUCCCAUGAUGACCCAGAAAGAGCAGUUGAUCCCGAGAUGCAGGCGAGACUCGAAACACUCUUAGAAGUAGCUGGCAUCGGCAAGCUGUCGGGUGAGGGCAAACACCUUGCAGACCCAGAAGUGCUGAGGCGGCUGACGUCAUCAGUAUCGUGCGCGCUGGACGAGGCGGCCGCGGCUCUCACGCGCAUGCGCAGCGAUCAGCCGCCCGCCCACCAUCGACACCACCACCAGGACAAACCCACGCAAUGCGGGAUGAGCCUGAAUGGUGGUGUAGUCGUGUCAGGCGUCGGAGCUGACGGUGCGCCGUCGCUGGCAGAGGCUUGCUCUGACGGCGACGUGGGCACCGUGCGCAAGCUGUUGACAGAAGGCCGUUCCGUUCACGAGACGACAGAAGAGGGCGAGUCGCUAUUGUCACUGGCCUGCUCAGCCGGGUACUACGAGCUCGCGCAGGUGCUGCUAGCCAUGCACGCGAGCGUCGAGGAUCGCGGCAUUAAGGGCGACUGCACGCCCCUGAUGGAGGCGGCGAGCGCGGGGCACGUGGACAUCGUGCGGCUGCUGAUCGCGCACGGCGCGGACGUGAACGCCGUGUCGGGCUCGGGCAACACGCCGCUCAUGUACGCCUGCGCCGGCGGCCACGAAGACUGCGUGCGCGCGCUGCUCGACAAUGGCGCCAACGUCGAGGACCACAACGAGAACGGACACACGCCGCUCAUGGAGGCGGCGUCCGCGGGUCAUGUGGGCGUGGCGAAAAUCCUGCUGGAGCACGGCGCCGGCAUCAACACACACUCGAACGAGUUCAAGGAGUCUGCGCUGACGCUAGCCUGCUACAAGGGCCACCUGGACAUGGUGCGCUUCCUGCUGGCGGCCGGCGCCGACCGCGAGCACAAGACGGACGAGAUGCACACGGCACUCAUGGAGGCCAGCAUGGACGGACACGUCGAGGUCGCGCGCCUACUGCUCGACUCCGGCGCGCAGGUGAACAUGCCGACGGACAGCUUCGAGUCGCCGCUGACGCUGGCGGCGUGCGGCGGCCACGUGGAGCUGGCCAUGCUGCUGCUGGAGCGCGGCGCCAACAUCGAGGAGGUCAACGACGAAGGCUACACGCCACUCAUGGAGGCUGCCCGCGAAGGUCACGAGGAGAUGGUGGCACUGCUCCUGGGGCAGGGUGCGUCUAUCAACGCGCAGACGGACGAGACACAGGAAACCGCGCUGACGCUGGCCUGCUGCGGGGGCUUCCUCGAGGUGGCCGACUUCCUUAUAAAAGCCGGCGCAGACGCAGAGCUGGGCGCCUCCACACCACUCAUGGAAGCUUCGCAAGAAGGCCAUCUCGAGCUUGUGAGGUACCUGCUGAACGCGGGUGCGGACGUGCACGCACAGACGCAGACGGGCGACACGGCGCUGACGUACGCCUGCGAGAAUGGACACACGGACGUGGCGGACGUGCUGCUGCGUGCCGGCGCCGAGCUCGAGCACGAGAGCGAGGGCGGCCGCACGCCGCUCAUGAAGGCCUGCCGCGCCGGCCACGUCUGCACCGUGCAGUUCCUCGUCGGCAAGGGUGCAGACGUGAACCGCAUGACGGCGAACGGCGACCACACGCCGCUGUCGUUAGCGUGCGCGGGCGGGCACGCCGACGUGGUCAAGUUCCUGCUGGCCUGCGACGCGGAUCCCUUCCGCAAGCUCAAGGACAACUCCACCACCCUCAUAGAGGCCGCCAAGGGGGGCCACACCGCCGUCGUGCAGUUGCUGCUCGACUAUCCGCACUCCGUCAUGUUGCCUAGAGGCAACGCAACGGCAGAGGAGAACACCGGUGGGCUCAGUUCCGCGCAGGCGGCGGCGCUGGGGCUGGCGCACGUGCCAGCGCCGGGUGCGCCCGCACAACGCGCGUUGCUACCCGCACACCCACACCCCCACGCGCUCGCCGCGCCGCCCGCCCCCGCCGCAGCCGCCACCGCGUCCACCCCCGCCCCCGCGCCUGCGCCCGCCUCCGCGCCGGCGCCCACAUCCGCCUCCACGCCCGCUCCCAUGUCUGCCAACUUUGCGAAGGCCUACCUCAAAGGUUGGUCUGAUGGUCUGAAGAUCAAGAAAAAAGAAAGCGGCAACGGCAACGGAAAUAACGGCGGGAACGGCGCGACCGCGAACAACGGUGCUGCUGCGGCGGGCUGCGGAACCAACGUGGAUGCGAACUUCUUCGCGGGCAUGGUCGCUGGCGUCGCGUCGGUGGCGGACCUGUAUGUGUCGGGCGCGCCCGCUACUGGUGCCGCCGCGGCCGCAGCCCUGCCGGCGCCGGCGCCGCCCCUCCCCGCCGCAGCGCCGGCACCCGCGACUGUGCCCGUCGCCGCCCCUGCCCCCGCGCCCGCGCCUGCACCCGCGCCAACACCCGCGUCUGCAACGGGCAAGCACAAGUGUGCCCGUAAACAACGCUCCGCGCCUCCUCAUUCCGCCCCCCACCUGCCGCCACCGCCUGAUAUUCUAGAGGACCAGCGACCUGAUGUGCUUGCGGGCCAAACUAGAAAUGAUACACUGCCAGAGACUGAGAGGAAUGUGCUUGAAUUGGCUGAUCCUUCUGGUCCACCGACGCUCGCCACGUCGGCUCUCCACGCUCUGGACCUUCAGUUCUGCGCUCAAGGUGUUACAACGAUUCAUACACCCACCACUCCACCAUACCCUCCUCCACAGCAACUAUUCCCAGUGCAACAACUAGCUACCAACCUCAACCAGCACCAACUGCAAGAACUUCAGCAACAGCAACUGCAGCAGCUCGCCGCGCAACAACAACACCAACAACAACAACAGCAACAAUUACAGCUACAGCAGCAACAGCAACAACAACAUAUUCAGCAACAACAACAGUUACAGCAACAACAGCAGUUACAGCAACAACAACAAUUACAGCAACAACAACAGUUACAGCAACAACAAAAGAAACACCAACAACAGCAAAUCCCGCAAGAUCUACAACAGAGGCCUGAACUCUAUUUACCGCAGCAGCACGUGAGCGAGGCAGCGGGCAGCUGCGUGGAGGCGCGCGAGCUGGGCGCCGUGCUGACGUACCUGCAGCGCGAAGUGCCCUCGCUGGUGGCGCUGCCGCCGCAUGAGCUGCGCUCGCUCGUGCUGCAGGUGAUGCAACAGAAGUCGCAUGAGAUACUGGCGAACAAGUGCGGCAUGGAGCCCGCCACGGAGGCGGAGGCUGUCGAGGCCGAGCAGCAGACGCGCCGCCUGCUGGCCGCCACCGAGGAGGCGCUCACCACCGACUGGGGCGCGCGCCAAGACCACCACCACCACCAUCAUCAUCACCACCACCAUGCCGAACUUCCGCAGGCAGGUAACGGCUGUCAGUACCGGGUCAGGCCGCCAUCGCCUGUGAGCGGCGCGGCGAGCGUGGUGGGCGGCACGGCGGGCAGCGUGGCGGGUAGCGGCUCGGGAGACGAACCUGAAACGCAGCCCGACCUGCAACCUCAUUUCGCGCUGCCGCCACCCACCUUACCUUACAUAGACCACAGAACGUUCGCGAACUUGGGCACGGGCACGGGGUUGCCAAACGCGGGCACGGGCUUAUCUAGUACGGGCGUGGGCUUACCGAGCACAGGCACGGGAUUACCUAGCGCGGGCGCCGCUGUCAGUGUGCCGCUACCCCAGCACCUGCCGCAGACACUACCCCAGCCCCAAUCCCAACCCCAAACCCAGCCUCAACUCCAACCUCAGACCCAGACACAGCCACAGCCCCAGCCCCAGACCCAAACUCAGACGCAGACCCUGCCUCAACCUCAUGCCAAAAGAGAACCGCCUCUGCACCACGCUAACAACUCAGUUGCUCUCAAGAAGAAGGGCCGCGCGGGCGGCGUUCGGGGUGCGCGCGCGGAGGCGUUUGGCGCGGCGCCGCCGCAGCCCGCACCCGCCGCCUACUCGGCCAUGGACGUGGACGGCGAGACCGACUCCAACCACGACACGGCGCUCACGCUCGCCUGCGCCGGCGGACACGAGGACCUCGUCGAGCUGCUGCUCUCGCGCGGCGCCGACAUCGAGCACCGCGACAAGAAGGGUUUCACGCCGCUUAUCCUGGCGGCGACGGCGGGCCACGAGAAGAUCGUGGAGAUCCUGUUGAACCACGGCGCGGACAUCGAGGCGCAGUCAGAGCGCACCAAGGACACGCCACUUUCGCUGGCCUGCAGCGGCGGCCGCUACGAGGUGGUGGAGCUGAUCCUCAGCCGCGGCGCCAACAAGGAGCACCGCAAUGUGUCCGACUACACGCCGCUGUCGCUGGCUGCGUCCGGCGGCUACGUUAAUAUCAUCCGUCUGCUGCUGCACCACCAGGCGGAGAUCAACUCGCGCACGGGCUCGAAGCUGGGUAUCUCGCCACUGAUGCUGGCGGCUAUGAACGGGCACACGGCGGCCGUGCGCCUGCUGCUGGACUGCGGCUCCGACAUCAACGCACAGAUCGAGACCAACCGCAACACGGCGCUCACGCUCGCCUGCUUCCAAGGUCGUCACGAGGUGGUGAGCCUGCUGUUGGACCGCAAGGCCAACGUGGAGCACCGUGCGAAGACAGGGCUGACGCCGCUUAUGGAGGCGGCGAGCGGCGGCUACGUGGAGGUGGGGCGCGUGCUGCUUGACAAGGGUGCCGACGUGAACGCGCCGCCCGUGCCCUCUUCGCGCGACACCGCGCUCACCAUCGCCGCCGACAAGGGACACACCAAGUUCGUCGAGCUGCUGCUGCAGAGGCGAGCAGCGGUAGAAGUAAAAAACAAGAAAGGCAACUCGCCGCUGUGGCUGGCGGCUAAUGGCGGCCACCUAGCUGUAGUGGAAAUGCUAUAUGCAGCUGGCGCCGACAUCGACUCACAAGACAAUAGAAAGGUAUCUUGCCUGAUGGCCGCCUUCCGAAAAGGCCAUACUAAAGUAGUCAAGUGGAUGGUAGGAGUCGUCACGCAAUUCCCUUCCGACCAGGAAAUGACUAGGUACAUCUGCACGAUAUCGGACAAGGAGGUGCUGGAGAAGUGCCAGGAGUGCGUGCGCGUGAUCCGCGCGGCCAAGGAGACGCAGGCGGCGCGCGCCAACCAGAACGCGACCAUCCUGCUGGAGGAGCUGGACGCCGAGCGCUGCCGCGAGGAGAGCCGCCGCCUGGCAGCCGCGCGCCGCCGCGAGCGCAAGAAGAAGAAGAAGAUGGAGAAGAAGGAGGAGAGGCGAAAGCUCCAAGCGGAAAACGACAAAAACUCUCUUUACUGUGAAAAAGCCCUCGGCGAUUGCUCGGAGGGCGGCGAGCCCGACGACGAACCCGUCACGAAGGAGGAGGGCGACUCCGGCAUCGACGCAAAUUCACAGGGCUCCUGUUCCUCAUCUGAUGUGAAAGCGCCACCAGCUCAAACUGCUAAGAGCAAGAAAAAGAAAAAGGACGACAAGACUGCACCUGCGCCGUCCGCUCCGCCGCCCAGGAAACAACCAGAUAAAGUCAAAACAAAGUUAGAAACGAAAGCGGAGAAGGAGAGCGUCGGCAAGGUUGACAAGAAGCAAGAGAAGGAGAAUGUUGCGCCGAGCUCUCCCCCCGCCACUCCUGUGAAGCCAUCGCCCGUGCCCGCGCCCGCCGCGCCACAAGCCAGCGAGCGUCGCAACGAGCGCAAAAAACCUGAAGAAGAUAUUCCUAAGAGUAUUACAGUACAGAAUGUAAACAAAUUUGGCAGUAGCUCUAGAAAGAGCCAAGUUUUCGAAUCCACUAGGCAUAACGUGGAGAAAGAUGACCUUGAUAUGACUGACAAAAACAAAAAGGUCCACGCCAACCAUCAAUGGGAGGCGGAAGGAAAGAGCACGUCACCCAAAGGCGCUAAUGCGGGAGGACGGCGCGAAGAAGGUUGGAAGGAGGUGGUGCGCAAGUCCAGCGUACAGACACUUUCCACCGUGGAGCCCGGAUGCAAGAAGGUGUCGGUGGGGUCGCACGCAAUCUCGCGGGUGAUCGGGCGGGCGGGCAGCAACAUCAACGCCAUCCGCUCCGCCACCGGCGCACACAUCGAGGUCGAUAAGCAGGGCAAGGGUCAGGGAGAGCGCAUCAUCACCAUCAAGGGCUCCGCAGAAGCGACGAAGCAGGCGGCGAGCCUGAUAGCGGCCAUGAUCCGCGACCCCGACGCAGACAUCGCGCUGCUGCUGCCGCGCGCCAAGCUGCCGCCGCCGCCGCCGCAGCCCAAGCCGUCCAAGCAGCCGCCCGCCAAGGCGGGCACAAGCAGCGGCGGCAGCAGUCGCGCCACGCCCACCUCGCGUGCGCCGACCAAAAACGCCGCGCCCGUGCGCGCGCCGCCGCCGCGCCUGCACGCGCACCCAAUCACAGUUCCUGAGAAACGGGCGACCGUUUCGAGCGCGCCGAGCGUGUUGCCUUCGAGUGCGACAAGCGUACCGAUCGUGUCGAGCGGCAACACGGGCGCCGUGAAGUCGGGCGCUCUGUCAUACACGGGCGCGAUUGUAGGCGCCCGCGGACACACGUUCGCCGCCAAGGUCACCGCCGUGCCCGCCGGCAACACCACGCUCAACGAUACCAAACCACGCCCUUCGCAGGGCGCAGCUGGCUCUACCGGCGCGGCGGGCAGCCCGGGCGGCUGCGGCGCGGGCGGGUCGCCGUUGCGCGCGCGCGUCGCCGAUGGAGCGCGAGGAGGAGCCGCGGCGCCUCGACCUCAGCCCCGACGCCGGCUGGGUCCCCGACGAGCCCGCGCCCGCCUCCGCGCCGACCACCGCGCCCGCGCCCGCCACCGCCGCGCUGCACGUCAACACGCAGCCGCAGGUAAAAAAGAAACAGGUUCUGUGUUUGACUAUGGCGGCGCGGGCGGCGGAGGCGGCGGAAGCGCGCAGGAGUACUCGCUGUUCAAGGACCUGUCGGCGGGCGCGGCCGCCAUGUGGGGCGCCGGAGACGCGCACCACAACGUUGACCCGCCGCCGCCACAGGUGGACGCGAGCAAGGCGCCGGGGUACCGCGGCGGCGGCGCGGGCGCUGGCGGCUGCUCGCCGUGCUCGCGCGCCUCGUCGCACGGCUCCACGCCGCCGCCCGCCUACGCGCCACCCGCCCAGCCCGCCUAUCACGCGCCGCUGCCCAUCGGCCCGCCGCCGCACCAUCAGCACGCGCACCAGCAGCAGCACCCGCAGCACGCGCCGCAGCACCAGCCGCAGCACCAGCCGCAGCACACGCAGCACGCGCAACAGCACCAGCAGUACCAACAGCACCAACAACAGCAUCAACCGCAGCACCCGCCCGCAUCGCUCGGCAAUACUGUCAAUGCUAUGGACUUGAGCGGGCUUUCCCGGAAUGGACCUAUCUAUCAACAAGACAAUUCACGAAAUGGACACAAUAUGAUGCCGGUAUCGAUGUCGGGGAACGUGGGCAUGAGCGGCGCAGCGCUGGGGCUGGGCUACGUGGGCGUGGAGAACGUUUCGCGGCUCAACCCGCGCGCACCGGACUUCGCGCAGCGCCACCCGCUGCUGCAGCACAAACACAGCGCUCAGCUGUUCGCCGGCGGCAAUAACGCGGGCAACCUGAGCACGCUGCUGAUGUCCUACCAACAACCGACACCCAAGCCCAUGCAGCACACACCGCAACCCCACCAUCCCUACCAGUCACUGCUGGAUCGCGGCGUGGGAGUGGGAGUGGGAGUCGGCGUGAACGUAAGCUCGCCCGGCGGUGGUGGCGGUGGUACCGGUGGCGGCGGUGGCAGUGGGUGCGGGUGGGGCGAGGAGGAAGAGCGCAAGCCGCGGCCCAUCGGCACCGAGCGCGCCUGGAAGCUGACCGGCGGCGACGACUGGCCGCACGCGCACCUGCACCACCAGCUGCCCGACCACGACCGCUACCAGGGUGUGAGCGGCAUGGGCGGUGUGGGCGUGGGCGUAGGCGUGGGCGGGGCGGGCGCGCUGGAGGGCGCGUACGGCGGUGCCACGGCGGCCGCGCUGUCGCUGAUGCACGCGCUGCCGCUGCACUACCUGCCGGCCGAGCCGCACUGGGAGCCGCACGCGCCGCUCGCGCCGCACGCGCCGCCGCUGCCGCACCCGCACCACGCCGCGGACAAGCAGCAAGCCUGGAGCAAGUGGACGCACUAA